ACAUUUUCUCACUCUACAUAAUAAUAAUUCUCUCUCUCUCUCUCUCUCUCUCUCUCUCUCUCAACAACCAUCUAUACCAUCUCUCCCAUUUCACCACCCUUCUUUUUCUUAUUUUCAUCUAUACAUACAAAAUACAAGAAUAGGGAGAACAAAAAUAAUAUAUAUAUAAAAAAUAAAAACAAAAACAAAAGGUGGUAGAUGCAUGAGCCACAACACACACAUUAUCUCAUACAACCACACUCACCACCUUGUUUUCCCUCAAAAUUCUUACAAUUAAUUCCCUUUUUUUUUUCUUCUCUCAGAUUUUCUCACUUAGAUUCUCUCUUCUCUUUCUACUAUCAUCACCUUAUCCUUUUUAAGGUCUAAACAAUCGUUCUCACUUGCUUAACCAUCUUAUUUGUGUUCUAUCUACUUUACUUCCUAAAUUUAAUUAAAAAUAACUGGUACUGUAAGAUGUUAAUCAUCAUGCUUUGACGACUCGGUAAAAAGACGCGAACUAACAAUGGUAAGCUUAAGAAGGCGCAGACUUUUGGGACUAUGCUCUGGAAGCUGUUCCUUUGUCAGUCCUCUUCCUCUAUACUGUGAGAAUCUAACAGGUUCUGAAAAUUCGUCGUGGAAGGCUAAACCCAAGAGUGAAAAGCCUAUGCUUUCAGAUGAUGCAAGCAUCCUUGACAGUAAUACCGUUGUGCAAGAAGAACCGGGUUCAUCAAAUAAUUCUGGUUCAAGCUCAUCCAAAGAUCAGCUUACUCAACAAACCCUUGGACCUCCUGUAAAACGUAGGAAGCGACAUAGGAGAAAGAAUUUGCACAGUCAAGAAGCAUGCAUGAGAGGUGUCUACUUCAAAAAUAUGAAGUGGCAGGCUGCAAUAAAAGUUGACAAGAAACAGAUUCACUUAGGGACUGUAGGAUCACAAGAAGAAGCUGCUCACUUAUAUGACAGGGCUGCUUUCAUGUGUGGGAGAGAGCCCAAUUUUGAGCUUCCGGAGGAAGAGAAGCAGGAACUGCGCAAAUUUAAAUGGGAUGAUUUUUUGGCGAUGACUCGACAAGCAAUCACUCGAAAAAAGGUCAAGAGAUGGAUUAGCCCGGAACUGCCUAUUAGUCUUGAGAUGCAUCGUUUGGAGAAAGAUGAUUGCGAAAGUAAGCAAGGAGUGAGUGGGUUCUCUGCUUAUGAAGAUGCAGAACAGGAAACUUCAGUCUCUUGAAAAUUUUCACUCAGGAACCAAGAGUGAAGGUUCUAAUUUUUAUUGUAGAAAAAUACUGCAUUAAUUUAUGACAUACCUUAAUAGCAUUUAUAAUCCUUAUGCAAAUUACUUCACCUUAACCUAAUAAAAAGUAAAUCUCAAGUUGGAAAUGCCAACUUUCAAGCAAUGGAUAUAAAGAUCCUUAAUCAAACUAGUGCAACAUUUUUUCUUCUUAAUUAAGAUGCUUCUCUUAAUUUCCACAUGAAAGAGAAAUCUAUAAGUUUUUCUUUUGUAGUUAGAUUGCAAUUUUUCAUAAUGCAGAUAGGGUCUAUGUUUAGCAUUAAAAUAGUUACAUAUUGGCAUUGUUUUGUGCGAUUCAAUAAGUAACUGUUAACAAACAUAUUUUAGUGUCACUGUCA